CUUCUCCACCAAUCCCUUUUGGUGAAGGCGGGUCUUCCUUUUUCUAAAAUUUCCCCAAUGGUAUCCAAGUGGUUCAGGGGAAUAAAACCGCCUAAACGGAUCAAAGAGUACUUUCCUCCUCCACAACAAAACCAACCACUAAACCAAAUCGAAGGCUUGUCUCGAAUCAAAGAGUACUUUUAUAACUUUGGCUACCUUCAAUUCUCUGAGACAUUCAACGAUUUUUUGGACCAGCAAACAGUAUCAGCCAUCGAGACCUACCAGCAAACUUUCAAUCUCCAAGUUACCGGCUACCUAAACGACGAGACAUUACAACUAAUCUCAUUACCCCGAUGUGCUGUCCCCGACAUGAAUUUCACCUACAACUUCCCCGAGGCGUGGCCCAAAGCCGGUAACCAGUGGUUCCAAAAGAUAAAACUCACGUACGGUUUUCUUCCUACAAAUAUCCCCGCCAACGCCACGAAAGUGUUCGGACAGGCAUUCACGCGGUGGGUGAAUGCCACAGGGCGUUUGAACCUCACGCAGACAAACUACGAUGACGCAGACAUUAAGGUUGGAUUCUACAAUUUCAAUGUUGACGCCUAUGUGUUUGGCGUCAGCUUUAUAAGGGAGGAACCUCCGUUUAACGUGAAGACGGCGGAGAUACGUCUCAACGGGAACAUAUAUUGGACGCUGCCAAGUGAAAACAACAGCUUGUCGUGGGAGAAUGAUGUUCUGGACUUGGAGAGUGUGAUGAUGCAUGAGAUUGGACAUUUACUUGGACUUGACCACUCUUUCUUGCAUGAGUCUGUUAUGUACCCUUACAUUUUGCCAUCACAGCAACGAAAGAUACAACUCUCGAACUUCGACAAGAACAACAUUCUUCAACAGAACAUUGAAUCCAAUUCUGAUUAUCGUGGAAGUUGGAGGGUGCUUGUAACUACCACCUUGUCCCUAGGAUUUUGUAUAUGGUGCUUCUAG